ACCUUUACUCUUACUGGUAAGUUCAUGUCUUAUACUUUUACUGAUAAAUUCAUGUCUUAUACUUUUACUGAUAAAUUCAUGUCUUAUACUUUUACUGAUAAAUGCAUGUCUUAUACUUUUACUGAUAAGUCCAUGUCUUAUACUUUUACUGGUAAGUUCAUGUCUUAUACUUUUACUGAUAAAUUCAUGUCUUAUACUUUUACUGAUAAAUGCAUGUCUUAUACUUUUACUGAUAAAUUCAUGUCUUAUACUUUUCCUGAUAAAUUCAUAUCUUAUACUUUUACUGAUAAAUGCAUGUCUUAUACUUUUACUGAUAAAUUCAUGUCUUAUACUUUUACUGAUAAAUUCAUGUCUUAUACUUUUACUGAUAAAUGCAUGUCUUAUACUUUUACUGAUAAGUCCAUGUCUUAUACUUUUACUGGUAAGUUCAUGUCUUAUACUUUUACUGAUAAAUUCAUGUCUUAUACUUUUACUGAUAAAUGCAUGUCUUAUACUUUUACUGGUAAGUUCAUGUCUAAAUUCAUGUCUUAUACUUUUACUGGUAAGUUCAUGUCUUAUACUUUUACUAGUAAGUUCAUGUCUUAUACUUUUACUGGUAAGUUCAUGUCUUAUUCUUUUACUGAUAAAUUCAUGUCUUAUACUUUUACUGGUAAGUUCAUGUCUUAUACUUUUACUGGUAAGUUCAUGUCUUAUACUUUUACUGAUAAAUUCAUGUCUUAUACUUUUACUGGUAAGUUCAAGUCUUAUAUUUUUACUAGUAAGUUCAUGUCUGAUACUUUUACUGAUAAGUACUUGUCUUAUACUGUCACACAAGUUUACUUGUAA